AUGGGAGGGCGCGUCGCGAGGCCUAGUACCGAGUGGUGCGUGGUGCGAAUUGGAGCUAGUGGUGGAGGAGUGGUGGUGUGCACCCUGGCGCCGCACGAGCACCGCGAUGCCUGCAUGGAGGCGCCCGCGCCCGACUCCGGCGCCGACUCCGACUCGGGCGAUGACGCCGUGCCCUCUGAUCCAGAGAAAUGGGAACAAAAGGACGUGCGCCGCUGGAUGCGCUGGGCGGCGCGCACCUUUCGGGUGCGGGCUCCGCGCAAGCACCUGCUCCCGUGCAGCGGCGCAGCGCUGCUGGCGCUCUCGCUUGAGCGCUGGGUCCAGGUGUGCGACGGCGAGGAGCAGCCGGCGCGCAUCUUCCACGCGUUCCUGGCGCACGCGCAGGCCGGCGCGCGCGGGCAGCCGCCGCCGCCGCCGCUGCCCGAGCUGCAGGCCGCGCCGGCGCCGCCCCACCAGCCUCAAGCCGAUAACUACCCGUACGCGGCGCUGAGCGGCUGCGCGCGCGCCGCCGGCGGCCAGGUGCAGCUGUGGCAGUUCCUGCUGGAGGAGCUGGCGGCCGGCGCGCCCGGCAUCUGCUGGGAGGGCCCGCCCGGGGAGGGCGAGUUCCGGCUGUCGGACCCGGACGAGGUGGCGCGGCGCUGGGGCCGCCGCAAGCAGAAGCCCAACAUGAACUACGACAAGCUCUCACGCGCGCUGCGCUACUACUACGACAAGAACAUCAUGACCAAGGUUCACGGCAAGCGAUACGCUUACCGCUUCAGCUGGCGAGGACUGGCGGCCGCGUGCCAGGCGCAGGCGCCCGACGCGCCGCCCUACUGGCACUACCUGUCGCCCGCCGGGGGCCACGCGGCCCACGCGCCACAGGGGCCCCUCGGCAGCCCCCAGGGACCAUCUCAAGGACCCCAGCAAAGGCUGCACGAGCAGCCUCACCCUUCACACGCACAGUGAAACACAAAUUAAGAUAACCUGUUAAUUUCGUAUUCUAUUACAUCUGUUAUGCCUCCACUAAAUCCUAAUAGUUAAAGGCUUGUCUUAUCUACUCGUGUUUGCACACAUUGUGCUAAAAAUAAUGUAUAAUAGUUAAACAAAAUAGUAUUUAGUGACUAACAAUGCUUUAGUAUCGGUAGGUAGGGGAAGUAAUGGAAGAAUAAAGAACUUGGUUUCAAUAAAUUAAAUGCUAAGUCGUUUUAGAAAUGUUCACGUCAUCUCCGUUUUUCCUAAUGUUCCUCUUGUAAUACCUACUAGUAUUUAAGUUAUUUUCUAAGAAAAAGUAAUUUUAAAGUUCAUGCUCCUAUUGAUUGUUGAAGGUUGUUGCAGAUGAUGCAGG